UGGUGCAUAUUGUAAAUAAAGCUUGUAUAAUGUAUAUCCGGCUCGUAUACACCUCUUUAUAGAUAUUUUGGGCAAGUAUAAGUAUUAAAACAACUGUAACCAAGCUUUCUUAUGUAAGAUAGAUUGAGCACGAGCGGGGCGGUGUGAAAUGGAGGUCGCGCGCUAACGAUUAGCUAAAGCUAACAGACGAGUAGACGAACUCCAUAUUUACGGCGAAAGUCUAUUUUAUCUCGGUAAUGUGGCAUUUUGUGUUUAUAACACGCUUUAUUUCUAAAUACUUGUCGCAGUUUAUUAGGUUAUCAGUUCUUGCGUCAUUUUUGUUGUCAAGUACGAGUGUGUUACUAUGACAUAUAAUACUGUGGGCGGCCAUACCAGAGCUCUCCAACAACAUAUCGUUGUCUGUGAUAGAGUUCCUGUCUUGGUCUUCAUUUCAGCUGAGCCCGAGAAGGUUAUACAAACAGAACCAACAUCAGUCUCUGAAGAAGUCACAGAUCAAAAAGGCAUUAGUGAUGUUAGUGAAGAUAGAGUAGAGGACGCUGAAAAAUCCACCAAGCCCUCUCGUGAGUUAAAGAAGACCUGGGGCUUUCGUCGAACCACAAUCGCCAAGAGAGAAAUCCCUGGUGAUAUGGCAGGGGAGACUCCAGAUGCAAAGGGUGCCCCUGUGCGUCGCAGCGGCAGGCAGGCCAAGCGCACUGACAAACUGGAAGAGUUUCUGGUUACUGUCAAAAGAGGAAGAGGAACUGGAAGGAGGAGUUGUCCCUCACGGCUCGAAGGUGGAGAUCCACCGUCCCAGACCCCAACUGAUGCUGAAACAGCCUCUGAAAACAGCUUUGAUGGAAACACAGAGGCCAAAACUGAGGAACGUAAGGUUGCCUCACCAGUGAAAAGAAAACGUGGACGAGGGCGGGCGAGAAAAACCGCCAAGCCUAAAGCUAGCGGUGGCUCGGUCAGUGACGACUGCAGCUCUGAGAACGAAGAGGAGGCUGAAGGUGAGAUGACGAAAGAGGAACAUGUCGAGACCGUAGCCAGUGCUGAAGAUGGAAAGGAUGUGGAGACAAAAGAAGAAGAACAAGCGAUGGAUGUGAAGAAAGAAAUUGAAAAAGUGGAAGAGGAGGAGGAAGAGGAGGAAGAGGAGGAGAAUAAAGAGGAGAAUAAAGAGAAGUCCUCAGAUGAGUCCAUAAAUAGACGUCCUCCAACCAGGUCACUCAGUAAAGAAUCCAAAAACGACACUAAACCCAAAGCAGGAGCAAAGCUCCACAAAGACACAGAUGAGGAGGAGGAAGAAGAUGAUGAUGAUGACGAGUCGUCUUCAAGCGAGUCUGACAAUGACGGCUAUGACCCUAAUGCACUAUACUGCAUCUGCAGGCAGAAACACAAUAAAAGGUUCAUGAUCUGCUGCGAUCGCUGCGAGGAGUGGUUUCAUGGCGACUGCGUGGGCAUCUCCGAGGCACGAGGCCGGCUCAUGGAGAGAAACGGAGAAGACUACGUCUGUCCUAACUGCAGCACGCACAAAGGACAGAUCAGCAAGGCCGGGCCCUCCGCGGCAGCUGCAGAGAAUGGCAAACGGCCAGCGUCCGGCCAUCGUAAAGCAGAGCCCUGUCCAGCUACAUCAAGCACUGCUGCAGUGACACCAGAGGAGAAAGCCACCGAUGACCUGGGGAUCAAAGGCAGGAUUGAGAAGGCUGCCAAUCCUAGUGGCAAAAAGAAAAUAAAGAUUUUCCAGCCGCAGGUGACAGCUACCAAGGGGUCUUCCCUUCCGAAGUGCAUCGGUCCUGGCUGUGAGAGAGACGCUCUUCCUGACUCCGUCUACUGUGGGAAUGACUGCAUCCUUCGACAUGCCGCAGCUGCCAUGAAGAUUAUCACCACAGAUGGGAAAGACUCCAAACAGAAGGAGAAGAGCAAGCCCAAACAACAGAAAAAGACUACUAAUAAAUCGCCGCAAAAGAAGAGUGGCUCUGAAAGGAGGUCCUCUAACCAGGAGGAAGAGGAGGACUCCGAUUCUGGGACUGAGGAAGAUGAGGAUGAAGACAAGCAUGCAGAGGAGCAUCCACCUCCAGCAGCCAUGUCAUCCUGGUCCAGUGAUCAUAAUUACAUGGCAGUAACGCCAGAAAAGACUGCUCCCAUAUCAGCAUCUGUGUUAAACAAAGCGUCAGCUGCCAAUAAAGACAAAGAAAAGGAGGACAGUGAAGAAGUGAAGCCAGAAAAGGAGCCAGCAUCUGCAGAUAAGAGAGCUCUUGCUUCAGAUGUUCUCAAAGGUGGGAAGAAGUCACCUGGUUCAAAGGGGAUAAAAAAGCCUGCUGAUGCUUCUCCUACCAAAGUGAAACCCAGUGCGACACCUACGAGUAGUACCAGAGACUUAAGGAAACAGCCCCAACCACAAGGAAAAUUGAACAAACCCAAAAAGCCAGGGCCUCCCCUGUCUCCCAUUCCAGUUUUAUCUCCACCAGGUCCUCCUGGAUCUCGCCAUCAUGCCUCUGGAGCGCUCCGCGUAACCAAGAGCAGCUUCACCAUCCCUAAAAAACAGCCACAGGCGGGGCAGAAGGAGUCUAUUGAGGGUGGUCCCUCUACCUCCUCUAAAACCCCACCCUCACCCGUGUCAACCACACCAUCCAUCCAACACCCGACGCCUAAACCGACCCAACCCCCUGCACCUGCUGGACCGCCGCAACCUCCACCCAAUAACCAGAUGAGAUCCAACAUCAGACGAUCACUCACUGAUAUUCUGUAUAAGAGGGUGAGCGACAGUGAUGAUCUCUCCAUGUCCGAGAGUGAAGUUGGGAAGUUGGCGGUCAGCAUUGAGAAAGAGAUGUUUAACCUUUGUAUGAACACUGACAACAAGUACAAGAACAAGUACCGAUCCCUUAUGUUCAAUCUAAAGGACCCUAAAAACAAGGGCUUGUUUUAUCGAGUUAUUGGUGGUGAGAUCAGUCCUUUCAGGCUGGUGAGAUUGAGUCCUGAAGAACUUCUUUCCAAGGAGAUGUCAGAUUGGAGAAAAACAGAUACCACGGAGGAUGUAAAAUCCCAGUCAGGACAUUCCAAAACCGGAUCCCGACAAGAAGGUGUCCCCCCCGAUGUAGACAUGGAGGAAGCUCCUCCAAUGUCUGAUGGAGAUGUAUGUAUGCCUGCCACUUCCCAAUCUCCCCGCUUGGCUUCUGCUGCUGACUCGCAGGAAGACACGCAUACCUCUACAUCACAGGCUUCAGUCUCUAGUGGAAAAGCCAGUGCUAUGCCUGAUAUCUUCAGUACUAUGCUGAAAGACACUACAGCAGAGCAUAGGGCUCAUCUGUUUGACCUAAACUGCAAAAUUUGUACAGGUCAGAAGUCCGCAGAUGAUGAACCACCUUCCAAAAAAAGCAAAAUGUCUGUGCCUAAAAAGCCAGAGCCAUCCUUUAAGUCCAAACCAGAGCCGCGACCGUCCAAAGCCCCUCCUGACCACCCCCAAGUUUCCUAUUACAGUGGUGUAGAGACAUCCAUGCCCGAUUCUUCAUCUGUGAUGGAGGAUCCAAAAAGUAAAUUGCCAUUGGUUCAGACCCCAGUUCCUGCUGCCGUUUCCUCUGUUACAAUAACUCGAAGGGAUCCUCGUACAGCAGGUCACCGGUCAUCCGUACCUUUAACUCUUCCUGAUGUUGGUGUUCCUGCUUUACCAGCCAGUAUUCCUAUGCCUGUUGAGCCUCUGGUCGUAGAAGCAAAGGGUCCUUUGCCUAUGCCCCCUCUUGCCCCAGCAUCUCUACCCAAACCUGUGGUGCAAAAACCAGCCUCUUCAACAGAUGCACGGCAUUACGGAUCCAGUGUUGCUAGCAGCGUGACAGAGCCCCCUCCUGAGGGAGAAACAGCUUUGUUCCUGUCCGGUCAGGAGAUGUUGUGGAAAGGAUUCAUAAACAUGCACACAGUCGCUAAGUUUGUCACAAAAGCCUACUUAGUUUCUGGAUCUUUCGAACACAUUAAGGAGGACUUGCCUGACACCAUUCAUAUCGGCGGUAGAAUAUCACCACACACAGUGUGGGAUUAUGUGGGAAAGCUGAAGACUUCACUGUCAAAAGAACUCUGUCUCAUUCGUUUCCAUCCAGCAACUGAAGAGGAAGAGGUAGCAUAUGUGUCUCUGUUUUCCUAUUUCAGUAGCCGUAAGCGGUUUGGGGUGGUGGCUAACAGCAACAAGCGCAUCAAAGAUCUUUACCUCAUCCCACUGAGCUCAAAAGACCCACUGCCUGCCAAGCUUCUACCAUUUGAUGGACCAGGGCUAGAGCCAGCUCGUCCCAAUCUCCUCCUGGGGUUGUUGAUUUGCCAGAAAGACAAGAAGCGUCCCGCAGCCCCUCUUGAAAAUGAGGAAAAACGUUCGAAAACGUUACGAGAUGAUGAGACAGGCCUCCCCAAACCAUCCAAUGUUGCAAAACCUGAAAUCAAACAGGACAAGGCUCUUCGAUCUAGUCUUGAUGCCAUCAGCACAACUUCCCCAGGCACACCACCUCCCCUCACUGCCUCGGAAUCUUCAAGUUCCAUCUCAACUUCCGUUCUUUCCAUUCUUUCCUCUGUGAAAGCACCUGGUAUCACCUCUAACACGAGCAAUAAUGUCACAGCAGCACCGGCAGUCACUUCCACACCGCUGCAGACCAUCCUUAAAACACUUUUUGGUAAGAAGCAGCAAGAUACUGACGUCUCAUCACCUUCAGACCAAAGUGCUGGAGAGGUGUCCAUGCCUUCUGUGUCGCUGCUAGACCCGAUUGUACAGCAGUUUGCAAUAACCAAGGGUAAAGAGGUGGAAGUACAUGAUGAUAGGCCGUAUGAUCCAGAGGAAGAAUAUGAUCCAGCUGUUGGCUAUGCUGCAGAAAAAACCCACAAUUCAACAAAACUAUCAACAGCUAUUAAGCUAUCAGAGGGCAUCCCUGGUGUGGUGGAUGAUAUUGCUUAUGACCCUGAGGACGACUCCAUUUUUGAUGUUGUUGGGGUUGAUCCAAGUGGUAAGAAAUUAACUGAACACCAGAAAGGGCUUCAGGAGAAACAAGUAGAGGAACAGAAGCUUUUAGAGGAUCCAGUUCAACAAAUACCAGAGACUUUGAUUUCACAGCCUGUCACAUCUCUACUGGCUAAUAGCCAGUUGUUGCAACUUGGUAAAAAAGUUGAAGACCUAGUGGCGAAGAGCUCAGCAGCUCCAGUUAUUAACCAGAGAAGAGAUCCAAGGCAAAGUAGGGACCCUCGAGCAGCAGCAGCAGCAAACCGAAGACAUACGUCUGAUUCCAUAGAGAAAGAAGAACAGUCUCAUGUAACUACAGAAAAGCCAUCUCCACAGCCAUCUGCAGUCAUAGAGCCAUCACAAGCGAGUAUAGCCACAGACACACAAACAACACAGCCGGACUCUAUUGUGGAUACACCAGUGGAGGAAACUUCUACAACAAUGAACACACUUCAAUCACACGCCACUACCACCUUGGAUUCCCAAGAAGUCCAGCAUGAGAUCCUGCAAACAGAAGCACCCAAGCCUGAGGAGGAAGCUGAAAGUGAAGCGGUACCUUUCCUUGGUACAGAGAGCACCGAAGUUUCUAUUCCGUUACUAGGGGAGAACAUCGACCCGGAGUUAGUUGAAAGCUAUGUGGACAGAGAACCUGAAGAGGAACAAAUGAAGGAUGAGCCUAUUGAAUCUGAGAGUAAAAGUUUUGAGGAGGUGUGGCCUAAUUCUGCCAGCAUACUAAAAUCUGAGGUUGUGUCCAGUGGACAGCCUAUUGAGACCACUACAACCACAUAUUACAGCAUUUCAACGAUCAGUUCGUCAUCCACGUCUGUCCACUCACGAAUGCCAGACGAUAUCUUCCAGGACAACUCAUCCUAUAUGGAUUCUCACAGUUCCCAUAUACAACAUAUACCAACAACAAAUCCCACAAACAUUCCACCUCCAAUAUCGUUUCCUCCCCCUAUUGGGCUUCCUCCCAUUCUCGGUCCACCUCCCAUGCAAGGCCCUCCACCAAUGAAUGUUCCACCACCCAUGCAUCUCCCUCCUCCAAUGUCAGGACCACCACCACCAAUGCAAAUUCCCCCAAUGCAAGGGCCACCCCCUCCCCUUGGAGAAAAUCCGCUACCUGGAUCAUAUCCUCCUUUUCAGAAUCAGUGGGGUGGUAAUUCUCAGUUUGAUGCUCCAAGAGGUCCACCACCUUCUAAUUUCACGUCAAGAGGACCGCCUCCAUUCCAACCGAUAAGUCAGAGAGGUCCUCCUCCUCAGAUGUUUGAUAAUUCUAUGAACUCAAUACCCCCUCAGCAUAUUGGACCAAGAGGCCCACCUCCAGGGCCUCUACCUUCUGGACCACCUCCUCCAAACUUCGACGGGCAACGAUUUAAUGGUCCUCCACCCCCUUUUAACUUCUCUGCACCUAGAGGACUACCUCCACCAUUCCCAGGUCCCCCUCCAAGUCACUUUGAUAAUAGAGCGCCGCCACAAUCUCAUUUCCCCGGACCACGAGGACCACCUCCCCCUCAUAACAUUGAGGUUCAUGGACCUCCUUCUAAUAUGUCAAGAGGCCCUGUUGAUGAUGGAAACUCUUAUCAAGGAAUAGAGAAACCCCAGAAACCCACACAAGGGCCACCUUUUAGGGGUCCGCCACCAAACCCCUUUGAUGGACGGAGGAGACCUCCCUCUGGUCCUACAGGGGAAUUGUCAGGACAGCGAUUUCCACCUCCAAACCAGUUUCGUGGGUCACCUCAACACAGAGGCUCAUUUGACGAACCACGGGGGGGUUCGUCUCAAGACUUUGAAAGGCACCGAGGACCACCAGUACAGCAGUUUGGUGGGCCAAGAGGUCCACCACUGGGUCAUUAUGAUAAGGAAGCUGGUCCGCCACCACGAUACAGCUAUAAUGAAGACAGCCUAAGUGAUGUUCGACCUGUUCGUGGACCUUUGCUUCCAACACCUCCCGAUGGUCCCAUCCCAGUGCAAGGCCGUGUAGGUGGUGGACACAGUCCCGACACCCACCGUGAUGACCACUGGAGACGACACUCACCUGAAAUGAGGCGGCGAAGCUGCUCCUCCAGAGAUGGUUCAGAGCCUCACAACCGUCCAAGCAGAUUUGACAGUAGCUCACGCGACAGAGAUGCCCCCUCAGCAUUGUCUGAAGAAAGAGAGAGGCAACGUGAUUUGUCCGAGGAUAGGAGGAGAGAAAGAGACCGUGAAGCUGUUCAUGGUGGACGAUCAUGGGGCUGGAGCAGAGAACACGAGUACGAGAGAGGCAGAGAAAGGGAACGUGAAAAAGACCAGGGCAGGGAACGAGAAAGGGAGCGUGGUCGCAGCAGAGAAAGGGAUAGGGAACACAGCAGAGAGAGGGAACGUAGUAGAGGCAAAGAGUCUGACCGACACAGAGAUGGAGAUGGGGACAAGAGGAGAGACAGGGACCGAGACAGAGACCGAGGAAGGGAGAGAGAACAAGACAGAAAAGAUUAUGACAGAGAGCGAGCGAAGAACAGAGACAGAGAAAGAGACCGGGAAAGAGAUCGGGAUAGCAGGGACAAGAGACGAGAACGCUCAAGGAGCCGAGAACGAGAUCGUGGGAAAGAUCGUGAUAGGAGGGAUAGGGACCGGGACAGGGAGAAAGACAGAGGGAGGGAGAAAGACAGAGACAGACGGGACCGAAGCAGGAGCAAAGACAGAAAAGACGACAGAAGGGAAAAGUCUGACACCUCUAGGGCAAAGUCAACAGAAUCUGAAUCCCACUCGUAAGUCAUUCAUCUGACAUGAUGAAAAACUGAAAGAACAUUUUCUGAAUGUUUUUUUUUCUAAAGUUGCAUGGAUUUAAAAGUUAUGCUUCAAAGUCUUUUUUUGUACUUUGUCUUGCUUGACAUUUUUAUGCUUUUUACAUGUAAAGUCAUUGAUGUUCAUGACAUCUUUGGGUGUACUACUUACCUGAUGAUAAUUUUGUCAGCACAACCUUCUCCCUGUACUGCUGUUUUAAAAACGGAAAAAACGUUUAGAACAAUACAGCAAGACAUGUAAAUAUGUAUGUAUGUGUGUAUAUACAGGUACGAUUUUAUCUACUUUUUUUCUAAAUAGAAAAGCAAGCCAUAUAGCUUUAAAAUGAUGUGUAAAGGAAAAGCAAGAGUUGUUCUCGGUAGAAAGUCUUUGUAUUGUAAAAGCUUAACCAGCAUUUAAGGAAUAUGUCUAUAGGCUAUUAACGGUUGUCCUAAAGCCACUCUUGUUGCGGAUCACAUUGUUCUAAUAAAACCUCUUUAUGAUUAC